CACACCGUCUUUGUGUAUAUGCCCUUCCUCGAAAAUUUUCGAAGGGGAGACGAGGCAGUCGCGUUCGUGCUCGCGUGUGUGAAACUUGGUCGUGAAACUUUGUCGUGCGAAUUUAAUAAAUUUUCGAGCGUGCAUCGUUUUUCUCUUCCUUCUUAGUGAUUCCAUCGAAGAUGAUGAAUGGAGAUGCAACGAUAGAACGGCCUUGGGAAGGAACGUUCAACGUCACGGUGAUGAAGAGUUUUCUACCAUCGGAAAGAAGAAAAGGAAAAGAAAUUGUAUCGACGGUGUAAGAGCAUAAUUUAUAAAAAGAGGGAGAGAAGAACAAACGAUGAAGUUACGUAAAUUUGCUUUUAACGCGACAGUUUCAUCGUCGUGCACGGCCAUUCUUCAUCUCGCGUACGGGCCGCUCUUCCAGAAGUCCAGUCAAACCAGUGUAACACGAAGAACGAAGGCAAAAAGUAUAGCAGACGAAGCUAUCAGAAAGAUCUUUCGCGUGAUCUCCACGGAAAAUUCGAACGAGAAAGACGACGAAUUGCUGGUGAAACUUGUCAAAGAGGAAAUCGUAAGAACGGCACAAAGCAUCAAAACGCCAUCAGGUUCGAUCGCGGCUGCAGCCAGAAGAGCGCAAAGAUUGGUCACCGAAUUGACAGCUACAUACAUUACUGCUAUUUACAAAUCAAAAUCAGUGGAAGAAGCCAAAGUGAAUUUUUCUCGAUUUCAGAAUACGGUUCAGAAGAUUGUAGAUUUUAUCAAAAAUGGCCAAUUUUGAUCUUCUUCAGGAAGGAAAGAUAUAAAAAUUUCAAAACCCUGUUAUGAACAAGUUAUAAAAUAAAGUUGACUUAGAGUUAUUAAAUUAAAAGUUAAUCUUAAAAAUUUUCAAAAUGUACAGACUUUAUCCUUUAAACUAUAUUUAACAAUCUUAAAUUCAUCAUAUAUUCUUUAUGCCAUACCUUGGUGUUUAUUUGCAGAUAUUUAUACUAGAUAAACUUAACGAGAUUAUUAUUAUUAAAAAAUAAUACUUAAUCAUCUUAUUACUAUGCCACGUAUCAUAGAAAUAAAUUUUUACACGAGAU